AUGAGAGUAUUAACAAUUGUGGGAAUUGGGAUCACGGGUUUGGAAUUGGAGGUUGAGGUGGAGGAGGCCAUUGGUGGGGAGGGAGUUGCAGUGGUUGGCUAUGAUGCACCGAUGUUGUUGCCUCCAGAUCCUGUUUUCACCCGGGUAUGGAAGUCUGUUGCGCCCUCAAAUGUCAAGGCAUUUGCUUGGCGUGUUAUGCUGGGUAGGAUCCCUUGUCUUCAAAAUCUUUGGAAGCGCAACGUGCUUCGGUCUCAGGAAGAAGCAAUCUGUAAGGUGUGUUGUUUGGGUGUGGAGUCUUGUGAGCAUUUGUUGUUCUCAUGCCCGGUUUCUUUGGAUAUGUGGCGUCAGUGUUACUGGUGGUUGGGUGUUUAUACAGCACUGCCUGUGAAUCCCAGGGAACACCUACUGCAAUUUCAAUUUGGUGGUAACCAAAAACAACAAAGAGGUGCUGAUGCAAUUUGGCUAGCAGUUAUUUGGACGCUGUGGCUAAUUUGGAAUGACAUUAUUUUCAGGAAUGGCGAGGUGGAUUUAUCAGCAGCUUUGGAGAUGGUUAAAUGGAGAUCAUGGCUUUGGAUUAAACACAAAUCUAGUGGGUUGAGUUGUUCCUUAUUUGAAUGGUCUACUCAUCCAGUAAUUUGCCUGCAGGAAUUAUGA